GUAUCGAGUCCCCUCGGCCAGGUGUUUCAUCACAUUAUAGCCAAGGUGUUCAGCCUACGGCGUCAAUCAAUGUCCUUUUGCUCAAAUAGCUGAUAUAUUCACAAGAGAAUGGGCCACGUCCAAAGCCCGGCCGGCCUCGCUCACACUCUUGGCUUACACCAUCCUGUCCGCAAGAACAAUGCCAUUGUUCUCCUACCCACCAGCGGCUCCUGGGCUCGGUGAAUGUUUAUAUCGCAGUGGUCGCAUGGGGAUCAAGGUGUCGUCGUCCUGAACAGCCCAUCUCAACAUUGCUGUUCUUCUCAUUGUUCAGAUGACAGUGACUCAAAGUCAGCCUUGGCCUUGCUAUUCAGUUGCGACUGUGUAUGCGGACAUGUAAAAACUCAAGGUUCAGUGACAGCCAACUCCCUCCUCCAUGUACCUCACUGUACACGACGACGAAGCACCCAGGAUACCAAAGAACCAACCACUCAUAAGAAACACAGCAAGAUGGGACCUUCAUCAUCUCCCAACGAUCUCGUCCAGCUCUUGAGUAAGCUGUCGGUCGAAAACGACUCCAGCCACAGAUCCAGGGGCUGUCCGCGACCUGGCGUCCUUCAACUUUCCAACGGAACCGAGAUACACAACCUUCCGGUACCCAUCGAAAAACUUUCUAGCCGACACUGGGAAAAGAAGGAUCACAGUGCCUUACCUAUGAUUUACUUCCAGCCGCCACUCCCCAUGCCGCCGCGUCCACAAGGACUAUCUUAUCCCGGCUGGAACACUGAUGUCGUUGGCCUUCCUACUAUCCCUUCUCUGUUGGCUAUGCCCAGAGUCUUCCCUGCCCACCAAGGAUUCGCCGAGUGUAGCUCGCCAGUCAUCGAGCACGUCAAGUUUUCAAGCUAUGCGGCCCUGGGCUUUUGUGUGCGAGACGCCCGUGUUGAUCCGGCCGCCACGGUGCCCCCUUGUACGCUCGAUCCUCAGCUGGCGCACGCCGGAGUGGUGCGGACAUGCGCCGACCGCUGCCAUCUAGAACCGCACAAGCUUUGCGAACAUUGUAGCGACCAGAGCCGACUGCUGGUCCUCAACGGUCUUCCGAAAUGGUUCACCAACGACCAAAUCAUCAAGUCACGCAGCUUCCUUUGCGCGCCUUGCUCGACGCAGGAGGCACGGAAGGCAGUUCGUUGGGCCGAAGCCGAGGCGACACUAGAACAGGACCCGGACUACCUUGCACACAUCAGAAAGAGUUCUGAGCCUGGAAUCAUCACCGACAACAUGAUGCGAUACCAUAACGACACCACAUUCCCUGUCGCCACGCCCCCCAUGUCAGACUCUCUGGCUCAAGCGUUGGCAGACAAUGCGCCCAGCAUGUUUCGGACCGCCAAGAAACUCUUCCGGUGCUCCUGCCACAAGCUCAUCACGGCGGAUCUGUGUCUGGGUCACAGACUGCUCAGGGCGGAUCAGUUCCUGGAGCAAGCUCGCCGCCUGGACGAGUGGACUCGUUUCCGUUUCGGCCUUGGCGAGCAAGACUUUAAGCCGUGCCCCAAGUGCAUGGUUCGCCCCGGAGUUGAUGCCCACAGCUUCAACAACAGCGAAGGAGGCGCAGAUCUGACAACAGUCCAUUGGAUCUGUAUGUGCUGCCAGGAAACGGCCUCAAUGUCUCGAUACGAGUUCUUCCAGCAAGGCGGCGGACUUGGCCAGGAGAAGGAUGACAAGAGAUUGGCUGAUCUGUUGGGGGUUCUUGGCUUCUAAAAGUGUGACCGAGGACGGGAAACUGUAAUAACAGACCGUUAUGGGAGACGAUGAGCGUGUGAGAAUGCAUUGUUGGAACAAUCCGGAAGAUGAGUGUCUGUACAAGGCUUCAAUGGGUUUCAUCAGGAAGACACUGAAAAACUGGGCUAUGGAUCUGGGACGGGUAUGAUUAUGGAUUUUGGUCAGUUAGUGUUUGAGCAUGGGUUGGCGUGGAUUUGGCAAAAGUUCUCUGUCCUAGCAUGUCUUAUGGUUGGUUUGGCCUGAUAGCCUCAAUCGAACUAAAACCGCUCUAUGAGACCAGCUGAAUAUGAUUUUGCCAACUGUGAGAACGCCUCUGUGAUUGAUGAGUGCUCUAUUAUGACAAGUGACCGAGUUGAAUUAUGAUUCACCGUAAUAUGAUAACGGUGGCGUGAAGCCUUUCAGGUGUAUGCCGAGACGUCUAAUUGAUGUGCGAAUUAGCAGCGUCCUUGAAUGCCAAGACUAAGGAAGGUAUAAGACAUGGAUCAUCCAAUGAAGGCAAUCACCAC